AUGGGAGAUCAAGAAUCAUCUUCUUCCCUCCCUCCCAACUCCACCACCACCGCUGGCAGGUCAACUGAUCUGGCCAUUCCGGUAUCCCUCAAAUUCCUAAUUUCUAAUAUCAAAAACCUCAUUCCCCACCAUCUUUCACCUGAGAAUUAUCCCAUUUGGCGUCUCCAAGUUUCACAAACCUUCUCCGCCAAUGGUUACUCCGAUCAUCUGACCGGGAUUUGUCCUCCUCCGGCGGACUCCCCUUCUGCUGAUCUUGCUAGCUGGCAUCUCAUUGACAAACAUCUAAUCACUGCCCUCUGUUCUACUAUAUCCCCCCCUCUUCUUCCCUACGUGAUCACUGUCACGACUUCUCAAGAAGUCUGGACGACGCUCGAACGACAACUACAAUCCACAAGCCGGUCUCGAGUUAUCCAACUCAAGAACGAGCUUCAUCAUAUUCAGAUGAAUAAUCUUACCAUGCAGCAAUAUUUGUCCCAAAUCAAGAACAUAGUUGACAACAUCGCCGCUGCCGGUACCAAGAUUGAUCCGGAAGAUGUCGUUCUCUACACCCUCAACGGACUACCACCUUCCUACAACUCGUUCAAAACGGCGAUCCGUACUUCACCGCUACCGGUUGAUCUCAACAAUCUCUAUUCACUGCUCUGCAGCGAAGAGAUUCACAUAAAUCAAGAUUUGCAAAAAGAUCAAUCCGCUCUCAAUGCUACUGCACUCUACGCCACUUCUAACAACCAGUUCAGAAACCGUUAUAAAAAAUGA